UUCCUGUUCCCACGGCCUCUGCGACCUGCUCUGCCCAUCCGUCGAGGCAUCAUGGCGUCCUCACUGUCCAAGGGUCCCGUCUUCUCGGCCAUCCGCUCCAACAACACCCCCUUCGCGACCCUCUACUCCAAGACUCUCUCCGGACCGGCGGCUGCUGCACCAUGCCAACGCCGACCUUUCUCGCAAUCCUCGCAGCGCAAUGGCAUGCGCGGACUCCCGGAGAACAUCUCCAUCCCACAGCCCGCUCAGCCGAGUAUGCGAACUCGGGGUAGGGACAUGGCCAGGGCGGAUCUGCCUCAGGAUAUCGGCCUCUUGCCCGGAACCUUCAUUCGGCCGCUUUGGCGAGACAUGCCCUCCAUCUUCCACCAGCCCUCGGAGCGUUUACAUAUGGAAUGGCUGUGGGUCAAGUCGGCCUUCCAGAACUUUGUCGCACUCCUCGCCUACUCCAAAUGGAUCAACAAGGGACUCCCUCUUAGGCUGAAAGAGCGUCGACAGGUUGCUCUCGAUCUUCAUAAAACCAUGUAUUCCGCAUUCGCCGCCGGCGACUCUGCUACUCUGCGCAAAGUGUGUUGCUCCGGCCUUGCCAACCAGCUCAGCGGCCGCAUCUCUUCCCGCCCCAGGGGUGAGAAAGUCACAUGGAACCUGGAGAAAUACAUCAAAUCCCCGGCCACCUUCUUCACCGGUGUCCGCGUUCUCGCGGAUCGCGCGACCCAGAUUCCCGAACUUCCCGACUCUGGAGUCCGCCAGGUCGUUCUGCGCAUCACCAGUCGCCAGUCAAAGGGCAAGGUGUCUCCCGGAGACAGCACGGAGGUGGCCAACAAUGCCAAGCAGCAGGACUGCACCGAAUACCUUGUGAUCCAGAAACUCCGCUGGGUCGGCGAGGAAGGCGAAUGGCGCGUCUGGGGUCACGCUACCCCCACUACCGUGGAAGAUCUCGAGAGUCCUUUCUUUGCCCGUGGACUGUCAAUGGCAGACCGUAUGGAAGCCAUGAAGGAGUCGAUGGGGGCCAAGAGAUAAGCUUCGUCGGAUUCUCGCCAGGUCAAACAUAGACCUCUCCUCGUGAACGAUACCAGUCACUAAGCCCCGGUUACUCGAGCCCUCAGGGCCCAUCAUUUCCCCCUUGAACAGCGAAGCAAGCGAGGGCCCUGAACUCACCAUCGAAAUUGUAUUGAUACGCAGCGACGAAGCACAAAAAGUGUCUGUCUAUUAGCUUGUUCUCUGCCACCUACACCCCCCUCUUCCCCACUCUCUUGCAUCUGGUUUUGGGCUGCGAAUAUUCGCAUCCAAUUCGAUUCUAUCAUGUGUUAUUGAGAACUACCCUAUACCAUGCAGUCGGUUCAUGUCCUUGUGUUUGUCUUUCCCGGAAAUACAGUUCGGACUCAUGGCCACCAAUCCGCUGCACUCUGUAUUAUAUCUGAUUGGCUAUUAUCCCACCAAUUUGAACUUUGUAAUUAUCUACUUAGCAGCGUGUUUUAUAGGAAAUCCGGUAACAAUCUAGCUGGCACUUGGC